AUUCGUUAUCAAAGGUUUUCCUUGGGAAUUUGAAACCUGGCCGCGCGCGAGGAAUGGAAGAAUGCUAUCGAUGGCGCCGUGACGACAGGAAAGCCGCAUCAUCAUCGUCCGUCUCCAUAGACGCAUGGGACUUGGAUAGGUUGCGGGCAGUAUGUGCCGAUCUCAACGUGAAGCUUCGUCGUGAGGUUGAAGCCAAACAACAACUACAGCGGCUCCGCGCUCGCGACAAGGAACGGUUCAAAGAAGAGUUUGGCCAGUUUGAAGCUCGCUUGAUUCGUGCGAACGAGACUCUCGAGAAGAACCGACAGAUCGUGGAAGCAUCGUUGGUUGAGAAAGACAAGAUCAUUGAGCAACUCCAGCAACAGGUCGACAGGAAGCAGCACACCAUCGAAUGCCUAAAGCAAGAUCCCCGUCUUCUAUAUUCCAGUCGGCACCGUCAGCGACAGGCUCAGGAUCCUUCUUUCGAUCACCUCGAUGGCGAUCGAAACGAUGACCCAAAUGCAAACAUCCACGAAUUGGAGCGACAGAUCUCCAAGCUGUACGGAGAACUGAAUGAAGCACGACAGGUGCAGCAAGCUCAAAACGACCAGAUCGAAGGAAUGAAAGCAGCGAGUGCCAAGCUCGUGGCGUCGCUGAAGAAGAUGAAAUUCAAAGUCAAGGAGGCUGCAAAUACUGCCGAGAAUCACAUGGUCCACGACAUGACUCGAAAGUGCAUGCGACUAGAGGCUGAAAAAGCAACAAUCGAAACAACGCUGCAAACGACGCAAGCCAAGUUGGUGGAAUGCAAAGCCGUCGUGAAGGACUUGACAGAAAGGUUGACAACCGCCACUGAACGAAUCGUUGCUCUGGAAGGCGACGUCAGCGCCAGAAUUGCCGCCGAGGGUGCGAUGGAGAAACAAUGGCGCAGACAGCAGCACUACAUCCAGGAUCUCGAAAUCGACUUCAAAACUAUCGGACGAGUAGACGUGAACAACCCCGAGAUGGAACAUGCGCAACGAACGUUGGCUUCAAAGACAGAGAAGCUCAUGAAACUUGAGAAAAGGCUCCAGCGAUAUGAGCGCGACAUUGCCGGACUUCGUGAAACGCAAGGCGAUGGUGUCGUCGUUCUGGAUCCACAGAGAAAGGCGUUAUCCCUCGUCGAUCUCGACUACGUCCUUGCGCAGACCCACAAGAUCGAGGCGAAAGCUGACGCAAUGUCUCGCAUGGUGCAAGUGUACGAAGCAGGGGGGCAUCCUCCUGCUGACUUGCACGAGCUGUUGCUUCGCCUGGACGACCAUCAAGGCUUGGAAACGUGUGACCGCAUAGCAUCUGAGCAAGAAGGGAAACAGCGCAUCCUGAUGUCCUUGAUGCAGUCCCAAGCCAUCCUCGACGACGUCGCCCACCAUCUCGCGCAAGCGUUCGCGCGCUUUCUCGGAUUCAAAUGUAAUAUGGAAUGAACACGAGAACGCAGUCUUAAUUUAAUUCGAAAAUUGUAUUGUAUGUU